CCCACGAAGAAAAUGAAUUGUUGACAAACUGAUGCUCGUGCGCCAUCUGCUGGUGACUUUACAAACAUCAAGUUCAACGGUGUGUCCGUCUAACGGUGUAAGCAGUCGUGUUUGUUUUGAACGGGGAUUGGAAGAGGUUGUUUUCCCUUCUUGGUCGUGUUUUACGUUUUUAACUGCUAUAGUUUUAGGUGUUUGGUUAAUAAGUGAUCAUAUUUUGGAGCAAAUAAUCGGAAACAACACGGGAUUGAAAACUCCGCUCAGCCUUUUGUGUUGUUUGGUUCUUUUCCCCCCACCAUGGCUGAGCAUCUAUCUCAGAGUGAACUAGACUACCCUUUCAAACUGCUGGAGUACUUCAACGGCUACAGAGUGUCCAAGGUGAUCUUUUCAGCAUGUGAGCAGGGUGUGUUCGACUUACUUCUGCAAUCCCAGAAGUCCCUGAGUGCAGCUGAGAUAUCACGAGAACUCGGCACCAGUGAGGACGGCAUGGAGCGGCUCCUCGAUGCGCUUGUUGGUGUUGAGGUCUUGGAGGUGGAGCUAACAGAGGGUACAGCCUAUUACAACAAUACCGACGUUGCUAAUCUGUAUCUGGCCAAGAACAGCCCUAAAUCUUUAUAUAACAUGAUCAUCUACCAGUCGCAGACCAUCUACCCUCUCUGGAACAACCUAGGGAAUGCGGUCAGGGAAGGAAGGAACCAAAAUGAAAAAACCUUUGGUCUCUCAUCAGAAGACAUCUUCUCAGCUAUAUACAGGUCAGAGGAAGAGAUGUUAAAGUUUAUGUGUUUGAUGAACUCAUCAUGGGUCAUCGAUGGUCAAGACAUAGCAACUGCUUUUGACCUGUCCAGAUUUAAGUCCAUAGUGGAUGUUGGAGGUUGUUCAGGUGCCUUGGCUCGUGUGAUGGCUAAAGCGUACCCUGCAUCCACAUUGACGGUCCUGGACAUGCCAAAAGUCAUCCAAAUGAGCCAGAAGCACUUCUGUCAAAGUGAUGACACCAUCAAGUUUCAGGCAGGGGACUUUUUUGAGGAAGACCUCCCUGCUGCUGAUCUCUACAUCCUAGCACGGAUCAUUCACGACUGGAAGGAGGAGAAAAGUCUGAUGCUGCUGAAGAAGAUUCACGCAGCCUGUAAUUCAGGUGGAGGUGUUCUCGUGGUAGAAGCUAUGUUGUUUGAGAACCACAGAGGGCCAGUCAUGGCUCAGCUCUUCUCCCUGAACAUGCUGGUUCAGACAGAGGGGAAGGAGCAUCCGCCCUCUCACUACACACACAUGCUCACGACAGCGGGCUUCACCGAUGUGCAGGUGUGCAGGACAGGCAAGACCUAUGACGCCAUCCUCGCUCUCAAAUAACCACACACACACGCUGUAUCAAUGCAGUAUAAUGUUUCCUCUGCUGUGUAAAGUUCUGGCCCUCCAGGACUGCAGAUAGGAACCUCUGUUUUCUGGAAACAUUUUCCAAAAAAUUCCUCUUGAUUCUUUUCAAAUUGCAUAUCAUGCACAAUUAUGUAUUUUUUUUUUACUCUUUUAAAUAAGGGUAAAUGUGUAGUUGUAGGUUUUUGGACACACAACAAUGAGAAGAUUUUGUUCUACAGCACAGGAUAAAUUUAAUGGUUAUUUUAGCUAAUGAUGACAAACUGAUAGGGAUGGACUCCAAAAAAGAAGUUGUUUUAGAAAGAUUAUGUAUUAUGUAUGACGAUCAUUGAUGCUAUUCAACACAGACAGCCUUUGAAUGAAUUUGGAGUGACCUCCAAACUGUUCAUGGUAAUCACACACACACACACACACACACACACACCAGAUUUAGUGGAUAAAGCUGAAGAGAUUAAACACUGAACUGAAAUAUUUUUUAUUUUAUUUUAAAUUUUUACAUUUCCACCCUGAAGUCCUGUAUGUCCUCUAUCAAAUACCGUCAGUGUUACUGUUGUAACUGGAAGUAUACACAGAUAUACACUAUAAUGCCAAAAGUUUUGGGACACCCCUCCAAAAUCAUUGAAUUCAGGUGUUGUUUUUCAGGGGUUGGGCUCGGCCCCUUAGUUCCAGUGAAAGGAACUCUUAAUGCUUCAGCUUCAUACCAAGACAUUUUGGACCUUCCUGUUCCAACAUGACUGUGCACCAGUGCACAAAGCAAUGAGCGAGUUUGGAGUGCAGGAACUUGACUGGCCUGCACAACCCCUGAUCCCAACCCAACAUCUUUAGGAUGAAUUAAAGUCAAGUUCCUCCACAUCAAACUCACUCAUCCAUGUCUUUAUUGACCUUUAUUUGUGCAGUCAUGUUGGAACAGGAAGGGGUCAUCCCCAGACUGUUCCCAAAAAGUUGUGAGCAUGAAAUUGUCCAAAAUGUCUUGGUAUGCUGAGGCAUUAAGAGUUCCUUUCACUGGAACUAAUGGGCCGAGCCCAACCCCUGAAAAACAACACCUGAAUUCAAAAAUUUGGAGGGGUGUCCCAAAAUUUUUGGCAAUAUAGUGUACCAUAACAUAAACACCACCUACGUAAAAUAUUCUGUAGCUUCCCUUUGUACCACCAAAACAGUUCUGAUCUGUUAGAUCAGGUGCUCAUGAUCCUGCAUCACUGCUUCUUCUUCUUAGAGCACUAUUGGUGGGUACAAACCACUGCAUAUCAGGAACAACCCCAAGAGUCCUGCUGUUUUAGAGAUGCUCUGAACCCAUAGUUUAGACAUCACAACACGUCAGUCACUUACCCUGCCCAUUUUUCCUGCUUCCAACACAUCAACUUUGUCAACUGACUGAUUACUUGCUGCUUAAUAAAUCUCACCUCUUGACAGAUGCCACUGUAAUCAAUAAACACAAUCACUUCACCUGUUAAUGGUUUUAAUGUUAGUGUUUCUAUAUCUAUUUUACAUAUGUGCAGUUUAUUGUUUAUUGUUGAUUACCUCAAUAAUCCUGACUGUGAAAACACUGUGAUGUUUAGAAUAUUUCAUGGUAAUAACUUUUCCCUGUAUUAACUGAGCUGACUGGUGGAUGCAUAUUAAAGCAAUAAUUCCUCAUUUCA